AUGGAAGGGGCUAUGAAUAAUCAUAUAGCUCAAAUGAUCAGGGAAGAGGUUGCAAUUAACGUGCAACGAGAAUUUGAGAAACGUGAUGCCAAGGAUAAAGGCAAGAAGAAUGAAGAGGAGAAGGAGGUGGAAAUAGAAGGGGCUUUCCGUACUAGUCAAUGCCCCUCACAUCUUAAAGUUAUAUUUACGGUGGGCAUGCUUAGAAACAGUGGGGAAAGAUGGUGGGAUGGUUUGUUGGCUAUCAAGAAAGGGGCGCUAGAUAAUGUGGAAUGGCCCGAAUUUAAAGAAUUGUUCUUCAAGGAGUUCCGGUCGGAGGCCGAGGUAACUAAGUUGAGGAGUGAAUUCCUCAAUGAUUGUCAAGGCAACAUGAGCUUGAACGAAUUUCGAGCCCAAUUCUUGGACAAGGCUCAAUUUUGUCCGGAAUUUCUUGAGAAUGACCAAUUGCUCAAGGAGCAAUUUUAUUUGAAGUUGAGGAAGAACCUUCGGGAGAAGAUUAACUUGCGUCAAAUGGAGUCUUUCUCCAUGUUGGCGGAUGUGGCUCGGGAUCAUGAAAUUGAGAUGUCAAGGGUUGAUGAAGGUGUUUUGAAGAGAAGGUAUGAGGAUGUAAAUUCCCCAAGCAAGCGGCCUAGACAAGAGAGUAGUUCCAGUAACCACUCAAAUCGAAGAAAUGUUCCUUUUUGUCGCCAAUGCAAGAAAAAUCAUUCGGGGGUAUGUAGGGCGGCGGAUAAGGGCUGUUAUACUUAUGGGAAGCCGGGGCACACUAGUCGGGAAUGGGCGAAUAGAUCAUUUGUUGCAACUAGAGUAAUUCAUGUUAUUCCCGUGUCUAAGUUAUGUCUAGAAAAUACUUUGCAAGUUGAGGUUGGUAAUGGUAGGAUGGAGUUAGUGAAGGAUGUGUAUAAAGGGUGUGAAAUCAAAAUUUCUUUGGAACUCUUCCAAGCUAAUCUAAUUCCUUUUCCAAUGGGAGAGUUUGACAUAAUCUUGGGUAUGGAUUGGUUGAGCUCUUGUAACGCCAAGAUCGCAUGUGAUGAAAAAGCGGUAUAUUUGAAGACUUCUAAGGGCGAAGACUUGGUGGUUUACGGUGAUAGGAAGGAGCGUUCUAUAUUCGUGUGUACUUUUGCUUGUGCAAAACGUUACAUAUCUCAUGGAUGCCAUGCUUAUCUUUCUCACAUCGUAGAUGUUGAGAAGCAACCCCUAUUUAUCAAAGACAUCCCUAUUGUUAAUGAAUUCGCCGAUGUUUUUCUUGAAGACUUGCCGGGCAUUCCUCCCGAACGGCAAUAUGAAUUCUCAAUUGAUCUUAUUCCGGGAGCCAACCCCAUUGCUAAAGCUCCUUAUCGUUUGGCUCCAACGGAAAUGUAA